CAACCUGUCACAUUUGUCUUGUCUCGUCCUAUCUGUCAAAAUUCGCGAAUUUCGAAAAAAUCUAGAGUUCUCAGCUUGGAAGUUUAUUUAGAAAAUACUAUUUUAUUAUCUUCGCGUGUGUUUUUUCCAGACUCUUAUUUCUCACAAUGGCAUUCUCAAUGUUUGCACGUUCUUCAGCAUGCACAAACCGCGUGUUCGGCCAACAGCUGAUGCGCUUUGCCACGCAGUCUGCGCUCGCGCAUCGCAACGCCGCCAGCGCCCUCUGUGUUAAGAGUUUGGCGGCCAAGGAGUCGAAGACGCCCAUUUUGGACUCUGUGCGCUCAUUCCGCACUAGCUCCGUGGCUUUAUCCGCGGAGAAGCCGCACGACCACUCCAAGCUGUGGGUGAUAGAAAAGGCCACGUCAGCAGCGCUGGUGCCGCUCAUCCCACUCGGCUUGCUGAUGCCCAACAAGCUGUUCGACUCGCUGCUGGCUAUACUGAUCACGGCGCAUAGCUUCUGGGGCCUGGAGGCGAUCGCUGUUGAUUACGUCCGCGCCAGCAUCUUCGGGCCACUGAUCCCAAAGCUGGCGAUCGCUCUCGUGUGGCUCGUCUCCAUAGCAACUUUAGGGGGACUGUUCUACGUCAUCACGCAUGACGUCGGCAUCUGCAACGCGGUCAGGCAACUCUGGGCCGUGCGCUCCGGGAAUAAAGCGUAGAUUCGAACGGCGAGGAUAUUGACGCACGGUGAUUGGUUACAAGAAUUUGGGGCGGAGCUUAGUUGGAGAAGGUAGGGCGGUAGUGGCCUAAGUCGUAUUUUGAACUUUUUGGAAAAGUUUGGUAUGUUUGCUCUUCAUACUUGUGGAACUUUUAAUACAAGAAAAAUAUGUGUCACUAUGGUUCUAAAUUCUUCAACUAUCGUAUUUGAACUCACCAGUUGGAGUAAAUUAUUCUGUUCAAUGAGUGAAUAAAGUACUAUAGAAAUAGUAUGUUAUCAUGUACAGAUAAUUUUAACUGGUGAUUGAUUGAGCACAAAGAUGCAAUUUCUUGUAACAUCUUCACACAAUAAGAGGCUGAGAUGUAAAUAUUUAGAAACGAUAUUAUCGAGACGGUUGGAUCCUGUAUAAUAUUCAAGAUAUGAGAUUCCAAAACGAUUGUUUUUGUAUUAUAUUGUAAUGAUAAUUGAGGUUACCAUUUUUAUUUGAGCUUUAAGCCAUUGCAAUAAGGUCGGCAAUGCUGGCACAGCUUGAAGACAAUAAGUGUAUUUUUUUACAUACGCGAUGUAUUUUAGGUAUUUUUUAAGGAUUUAACGUUGCUGGCAAUGUCUCGUUUUUACUUUAUGACAAUGUAACAUUAUGUGUGUCAAUAUCCAAGCUGCGUGGUGUGCCAGAUUUUUGUAUAUUUGCGGAUGUUUUUUCAAAAACAUGGACAACUUCAUCUCAAUAAGGUAACUGUGUACCUGAAAUUUCAUUUGACAAUGAAUUAGUUAUAAAAGUCUGGCCAUUUAGAAGAUAUUAAGAAUAUCAGGUACUUAAUAAAGCACAAUUUACACGAUUAGAAAAUUUUCUAAAGUAUUACCGAGUUAGUUGUGCCGUUGAUUUCGCUAUUUAUUGUAUGCGCUGUGAAAGUAUCACGGGUGGAUCUUUGUGAAUAAUUUAUUGUUAGAAUUAUGAAUUAAAAGUUUUAGUUCAA